UUUAGACCAAAGACAAAACACUAUUCCGAAUACUCGAAUGUCGUUUUCUCGCUACUUGCUAACCUCACAAUAACGAUUACGAGUAUAUGUAUGUUUAUUUAUAUUUCGUGUAGUUCUAUUAUUAAGAAGCGUAUUACGUAUGUGUAAAAUCUACUUCAGCUAAUUAAUUUAGUCCAUAAAGCAAAUUCGACCAUCAAAAAAUUUGUGUGGUUACGACUUUCUGUUUACUAAAAUAAAUAAUCAACAAUAAGAUUUUUCGUACUGAACUUUCGUACUUUUUUGUAAGUGGAAAAAAUAAAAAUGUUAUCUGAAGUUGACGUCUUCAUUAGCAACUACACACUCGUGGAUCCUGAAGUUUAUCAACUUUGGGUUGAUGGCUACUCUUCCACUGAUGCUGUCAAUCUUCUAAACCAACGGGGAAUAUGUCAACAAAUAAAGGCUUCGAUGGAUCUUAUAGCAUCUGAUAUAUUAGAUCAUUACCGAACUUAUUCACUUCUUGAAAGAUUGAUCCAUACGCCAACAAAAUUAGCCAGUGAACAACUGGCAUUCCAAAUCGAACCACAAACUAGUCGAAUGUUGAUAGAAAUGUAUUAUGAAUUUGAUGAUUCUGUGGUACGUGAAAUAUUGGGUAAAAAACUGACUUCGAAAAGUAGAAAAGAUUUAGAUGAAGUUGCUGAAAAAACGGGAAUUACAUUAAAAAGUUGUCGAAGACAAUACGACAAUGUGAAAAGAAUUUUCAAAGCUGUAGAAGAUUUACCUGGUUCUCUAGUCACUAAUAUAAAACAACAUUUUUUGCUUCCUGAUGAUUUGGCCAAACGAUAUGCAGCCGUAGUAUUUAUAGCCUGUUUGAGAUUUGAAAUGAGCAAACGGAAACUACAAUUCUUAACAUUCUCUGACUUUCAUCAUUGUGCAAAUGUCAUGAUGUCGUCGUGGACUUACCGUUACACAGGUUCAGAAUAUUUUGAUACAGAUUUAGACAGAGAGUUUCUCGUUGAACUGUCAGAAUGCCGAAUUCUGUUGGAAAAUGAUAAACACCACAAAUAUUUGGUAUGCAUGAAAUUAAAGCCAACACUUUUGGAACGGAUGUUUCAAGAGCUGGACUUGAAUUUUCGUUCUUAUUCCCGAGCACUAUUGGGAAUCGGUUGUAAUUUACAUCGUUCAAGAGAACUAAGAUUUUUUUUUCUCGAAUUAGUUGAGCGAUGCAUCGAGCCAUGGCGACAAGUUAAUUGGUCGCAUACUGAUUUGAAGAAUUUUUUGAAUGCCUACAGCCAAUGUGCGCUUGAUAUGGAUGUUUUGAGGGAAGGAACUUUAAGGGAUGCAUUCGAGCGAUACAUGAAAGUUGUUACGAGUUGUUUAUUACGAAUGUAUCACACAUGACGACUAAUAUACGUCUGUAAUAUAGACGUAAUUACCGUACAUCAAGAGGACGAAGAGAAAGAAGAUGAAGAAAGUCGAUAAAUAAUUUAUAUUACAAUUUAUUUCCUAAUUUUUUUUGUUUUUUUUUUUUUUCUGUAAUAAAUAAUCAAUAACGUAUGGCAGAGUUUCAUAUGCUUCGUCUAUGCCAUAAUCAGUAUUCACAAAACUACAUCUAUAUAUUAUUGAAGUUUUUUUUUCAUCAUAUAUUUUAAAUUGUGAGCUUCACAUAUUUUUUUUUUUUGCUGUUAAAU